CCUUUCUCUCUCUCUCUCUCUCUUACGCUCUUCCUGAUUUUGCCCUCAAUUAUUAUUAUUAUUUCUAAGCUCUCCCGCCGGUGGAAGCUAGAUUUGGCCGGAGAUGGAGGGAGGAGGAGUAUCCUCAGCCAAGUCAAUACUCGAGAAGCCUCUCAAGCUACUCACCGAAGAGGACAUUUCUCAGCUCACCCGCGAAGAUUGCCGCAAAUUCCUCAAGGACAAAGGAAUGCGAAGACCUUCUUGGAACAAAUCUCAGGCGAUCAAGCAAGUUUUAUCCCUCAAAGCUCUGUUUGAGCCCGGUGAUGACUCUGGAGCCGGUAUCCUCCGCAAGAUCCUCGUUUCUCAACCUCCUAAUCCCUCUCGUGUGACAACAACACAGUCGACUGAACUAAGCAACGAGCUUGGAGCUUGUGGUGGCCAGAUUCCUUUUCGGGAAGAUGAUGGCCUUAGGAGAGACUCUCCAAGGUCAGCUGAGUUUUCUGGUGGCUCUGCUCAUUAUGUAGCUGAGAAAGACAUACACAACACACUCUCUCCCAGAAGCCCAGCGGAAACAAGUGCGCAGCUGGCUGGGCAGAUGACGAUAUUCUAUAGUGGGAAAGUUAGUGUAUAUGAUGCUGUACCACCUGAAAAGGCGCGGUCAAUCAUGCACUUUGCAGCCAAUUCAAUUGAUUUGCCUGAAAAUGGUGUUUUUGCUUCAAGUACAAUGAUUUCCAGGCCCGUGAGUAAAGAAAUAAAGAUGGUGGAGCAUCCCCAUUAUGGCCUUGAAAAAGCUAAUGCUUCUCGUGAUUCAGAUGCGGAGGGUCAGGCGAACAGAAAAGUGUCGUUGCAAAGAUAUCGUGAAAAGCGGAAGGAAAGGUUGUUCAAGUCGAAAAAGGCUUCAGGAGUUGCAUCAACUAGCUUGGACAUGUAUCUGAAUCGUAGCCAGCCACUGAUGAACGUUGCUGCAUAUUCACAAAACCUUAGCAGCAGCGCAGGAGGAGAACACCAAUCGCCUGAAAACCAGACACGAAGCCCCAAUCUCUCAGUUGAUCUGAACUGUGAUCUAAACAGUGAAGAUAUCUGACACGAUGCAAAAGAAGCUCAAUACACGAAGGAGGAGAAGAAGACAAAAACAAAGUGCCAAAGUUUAAAAAAAAAAGCAGACAAGGAAUGUUCAUGGUGUGGAAGAAACAUGGCUUUAAGAUUGGGGUGGAGGAGAGAGAAGUCUUGUGAUCUCGAUUAUCUGUUUUUUUUGUUUGUUUGUUUGUUUUUGGGUCUGUAGUUUUGAGUUAGGUUAGCCACGGAAAUGUUCUGUUUCAACAUAGAGAUUGAGAGAAUGGCGGGGUUUUAUUCUCCGGUUUGUAUUAUGUAAAUGUUGACCUCUUCCUUUUAAAAAAAAU